UGCAACUCUGCGGGCCCAGUGCCCACAGUGCACAUAGGGCGGGGUCUGGUGGGAGGAGCUAGCGUGACCUUGGUCACUCUCCCGCUGAGACAGCUAGGGGGUGGGACUCACUGUCUCUAUGGUGACCGAGAAACAGGGGAUAAUACUACGGAGCCACUCGGGCUGCAGUCCCGCCCGGGAGCCGGCAGGGAGCGGAGCUGUGGAGCCUCCUGGUCUCCAGCAUCAGUUCCUGGGUCCUGUCCGAAGGCACGCUCAGGAGCAGCCGAGAGGGUGGCAUGGCAGCAAGCACUGACAUAGCUGGGCUGGAGGAGAGUUUCCGCAAGUUUGCCAUCCAUGGUGACCCUAAGGCCAGUGGGCAAGAGAUGAACGGCAAGAACUGGGCCAAGCUGUGCAAGGACUGUAAGGUGGCUGACGGAAAGGCUGUGACAGGUACCGACGUUGACAUCGUCUUCUCCAAAGUCAAGGCAAAAUCUGCUAGAGUAAUCAACUAUGAGGAGUUCAAGAAGGCCCUGGAAGAGCUGGCAACAAAGAGGUUCAAGGGGAAGACCAAGGAAGAGGCCUUUGAUGCCAUCUGCCAGCUGAUAGCGGGCAAGGAACCAGCCAACAUUGGUGUCACUAAAGCUAAAACGGGUGGUGCUGUGGACCGGCUGACGGACACCAGUAAGUACACAGGCUCCCACAAAGAACGCUUUGAUGAGAGCGGCAAAGGAAAGGGCAUCGCUGGACGGCAGGACAUCCUGGACGACAGUGGCUAUGUGAGUGCCUACAAGAACGCAGGCACCUAUGACGCCAAGGUGAAGAAGUGACACCUGCCAAAGCCCCCAGGGAGGUUGUCCCACUGGAGACCCAGGCCUGGGGUCCAGGGUCACGUGGAACAAGAAAACCCAGCUCCCUCCCUUCUGGAUCUGCCACUGAGAGCUUCCUGCCCAGUCCUAGGGCCAUCCCAUCAGGCCUCUGACCCAGACUGCUGUGUCCCUUCUUCCUGUCUCCCUGACGUCUGUCUGGGAGUCAGUGCCUAUAUCCUCAGCACCCCAGCCUGGUCCCAGGCAUGGCUGACUCUUGCCUGCUUGCCUCAUAUUUAAGCUGCUGCUCUGGCCAAGUGCCUAAUUCUUACCCAGACCUCAAUAAAGAUACCUUUUGUACCAGGA